CCGUCACAUGAUUCUUCUCCUGUGACAAUCCAGACAGAAAGAAAAACCUUUCUGACUUCCAGCUGAGUUUUUAGGUGCUACGAUGGUGCAUGGCUACUGUUUGGACACAGAAGGACCAACUUCAAACAGGGAAAUGGAAUUAAGUUAACCGAUACCAAAACAACUCUGAUCAUUCCUGCCGUAACGGAGGACAUUCAGUGAAGGUUUGGGGUUGUUGCGUCGCUUGGAACAAAGUUGGCGCAUGGAGAGGGACGAAGUUUCAUUUUUGCGCUGCGUAUCUUCUCUGUUUUUCCCGCUAAUAAGCCUCAGCCAGCGUCGCGCAGCAUUUCGGUUGACAGAAACCAAGUAGUCGAAACGAUUAUUUUUUUUUUCAUUCCUAUUUUGUUCACUCGAGGGACAAGAUAAAAGACGAGUUAAGGACACGCUUCUUCGGUGAGAUGGUGGACAGCAAGCCUCUCCUUCAAGACAGACCCCCCGCCUACAACGCCGUUCCCGGGGCUCAUGAGUACGGCCCGUCGCAGCAGCACGGGUACGGGGCCAUCCCCGCUGCGGCCCCGCCGCCAUACCACUACCCGGAUGGCCCAGGAUACCCGGCGGCUCAGAUGGGCCCCGCCGUUUCCCAGCAGCCCUACACAUCGACUUACGCCAUCAUCCAACCUUCUGUAGUGGUGGUGGGAGGCUGCCCGGCUUGCAGAGUGGGUGUCCUGGAGGAUGACUUCACCUGCCUCGGGAUCCUGUGUGCCAUCUUCUUCUUCCCUUUGGGCAUCCUCUUCUGCUUUGCGCUGCGUCAGAGGAGGUGUCCCAACUGUGGCGCCACCUUCGGCUAGAGGGACCAAACAGCAGCUCCUUCACGCUCUUCUCUCAUUCACACGCAUACAUAACGAUAAAUGAUAAAAGAUUGCAAAAUGAAUUAUAGUCUGAGAUCUAUUUUUCAUCUGCAGGUUUAGGAUGUAUUUUAUCAAACGAGUGUCCAUAUGUUGUUAGUGCCUUCGCUACGUACCGAGUGAUCAGAUUCCAUCAGUUUUUUGGUUUUUUUUCUUGAUAUUGUUCAGGUGAUCUGAGCAGAUGGUUUAUGUUUUUUUAGUCAGAGGCCAUUAAAUAAAUUUUUUUGUCUUAAUUUUUCUUUAUAUUUGCUUGCAGCUGCCACCGUUUAGCGAACAUUGUACUCAGCUUUUUGGUUUUAAAUGUUUCAGUGUUUGACUCGGUGUGUUCCACGUUUGCAUUGAGAUAAUGCUGUGAUUUAAAGGAAAUGAAAAGGAUUAUCUGUGGACAUUACCUGCUCCGGCUGAAACAGUGGACUUAUGCCUGAUGAAGCAUUUUGCCUGUUUUAUUAUUUCUUGGGGCCAUAUUUUGCACUGACAGUUUGUACAAUGAUGAUUCAGCUGGAUGUACACACAAUCCGACAUGCCCUCGACUUUUACAACCUCAUCGUUUGAUUUUGGAUUUCCUUUGAGAGGACUGUUUAUGUCAAAGCGCAGCCUCCUUUUAACCUCUGGAGGACUGAGUAAAAAUUGAAAUAUCUUAUAUUGUCAGAUUUUUGCCUCCAUAUUUCAGUCUGUGACAAAUCAACUUCCUCCCAGCCAGACAAUCAAUUGAGAAUGUCUCUGUCCCUGUUUUUGUCUUCCUUCACCGCAGGAUACUGAAAAAUUUGUUCAUGGCAGAAUAAAAGGAUGGAUAUAAUUAUUUGGAGAGAGUGAAAGAAUUGGAGUUAAAAACACACUAAACAUGCUCUUAUGAUUGAGGUUCUUACUUUUUAUAUGAGUUACUGUAAUUAAAAGGGUAAUGCUACUCA